GGUGGGCAGAACAUUAUCUUACUCCGCAUAACGAAUUUCGCAUAGAAGCAGAUAUGUCUUCUCGGUUUACAUCGUCUUCUAUUGAACGUUACAACGAUUUCUCUCGGUUGAACCCUGCAAUAGUUGGAUGGCAUGUUCACGUUAAGGUUUUGCGUCGCUUCCACACCGAUGACUAUAUAUCAAAGGGUGGGCUAGGGUUACUUCUGGUUGAUGAUAAGGGUAAUCAGAUCGAAGCGCUUAUUUGUUCACCGUUGACUUCUCAUUAUUCAACGUUUAUUGAAGAAGAUGAAUUCUACACUAUUAUGAAUUUCAGAGUUGUGGAGAAUUCGGGGAUUCACUAAACUAACAAGGAGCGACUUUAAGAUAAUGUUCUAUGAUGGUACUAUCGUUAAAGAAGCGUCUUCGUUUUCUCAAGAUGACUAUAUUGUCGCUACACCUUUUGGUGCUAUUUUCAAUGGAUAUCAUGAUACUUCUUAUCUCAUAAGUAAGUUUAGUUUGUUAUGCUUUUCAGAACGUUCUGCGGUUUUAGUUAUUUA